UUUUACUACAGCUAUGAAACUAAAACCAUUUACGCGUAAAUAAAAUGACUACAAGUAAUGUCGCAUUCUUUAUUUUAUUUCUCCCGAAUGCAAUGUUUUACUACUAGGUUUAUUUAUUUAAGUUAUGGAUUUGAAAAUUUUCACCGCGCUCUGUUUGUUAACGGCACCAUGCACAGCAGUAAGGCUCCAAAGGCUCUUUGAACUAGUAGACGGCGGUUCAGCACUACGCUACGACUCAAACCUUGAAGGCUUUCUCCACAUCGGCAACGAUUACUCAAUAUUCCUCAGAACACCUGUCGACGACGACAAACAUUUAAUCUACGAGCUAUACGAAACUAAGAAUAUACCUAACACUCCAUCAUCGCAUGACUACAAGCCGUCAGUGAUAGCUAUAUCGCAAAUACCCAUAGACUACAUAAAGGAACAGCUGCUUACUUACAGAGACGAGUUACAUAAUGCCACUUACACGGACGACUCGAUAGUGCCAGGAACUCAGGUGAUGACUUUGAGAGAAUGGCAAAUUGCAAAGGCGUUGAGGCAACGAGAAGAAAAUGGGACUAAUACACCUUUGAGGAGCGAGCCACUGGUCUUAAGAAUGCUUGAUUGAUGACACAUUUUCAUUUAAGAAUAUUUA